AUGGAUUUGUUAAAAAUUUUAGAUACCAAACCAGUUCCUGAAAUUGUGAAUAAAAAUUUCUUGUCAAUUUCAGGAAACACCUCUGGAGACUACUGGCUCCCAACCCCAAUGACUCUCUAUCAAAAAGAGCUGACAGACCAAAUUGUCUCGUUGCAUUAUUCAGAUAUAUUGAGAUAUUUCGAAACUGACGACUUUGAAGAAGAUGUAGUGAUGAAAUCAUUAGAGACAAUGUGUUUCAAUAGUCAGCUUGUUGCUACUCAUCCAUUUUUACUUAUUGAUCAUAAUAUGCCGAAAUCACUAAUAACCAAGGAGGUUUCUGCACAUUUAGCUGAAACUAGUGGUAAAUUCAAUGUAUUGAAAGAUCUUGUAAAUAUAUUGCAUGAAUAUGAGACUGACAUCGCUCUAAUUUGCAGAUCCGGCAGGACUAUGAAUUUGAUUGAAGCACUAUUGUUGGGCAAUAAGGUGAACAUUAAGAGAUAUGAUGGUAAUUCAUUAAAGACAAAACAGAAAUCCAGAAACUUCUCUAGAACUUUUCAUUUAUUUCCGUCCACUGAUUUAAAUUUCAAGAAAUAUCCAAUUUUGAUUAAAGAACAAUUUAAUAUGGUCAUUGCUUUAGAUUCAAGUGUCGAUACAAACUCUUCAGGAAUUGACUAUAUUAUUAGACAUGGCAGGAAUAGCACCAGCAUCCCUGAAAAAGCCCCAGUUAUAAGAUUAAUAUCAGUCAACACAUUUGACCACUGUAAUUUGUAUUUUAGCCAGAUAAUGAAGAAAGGAAGUAGAGAAUUUUUAACUUACGUCACAGCAGCAGUUGUGGUCUUGAGAGAUAGAGUGGGUGUUCUUCCACCAGAUUUAAGACCCGUCUAUUCUCACAAAUUAAAAUAUCUAAUAGAUUGGUUAGAGGACUCUUCUUUGCCAUGGCCAUUACCUGAUAUAUAUCCGAUUAAAAAAUAUACCCCUAUGGAUGUUGAAAGAUCUUUAUUGUUAGAAGUUCAUUAUAACCAAUACGAUGAUUCCUUAGAAUCUGCAUUCACUAAUAAUAAAAAAAGAGGGUUUUCCUCAGUUGAUAGAGAUUCACAAAAAGAUUUUGAUAUAAAGACAUUUUAUAAUAAAAAGAGGGUACAAAAUGAUUACUCCACUAAUCCGUUAAAACAAGAUAUGUCUCAAUUGACAGGUAUCACAACAAGUAAUAAUGUUCAUGGUAUUGAUUACCAUUUAUCUAGUGGUAUUUUGACGUAUAAAUUGAUUCAAUAUAUCAAUGAAUAUUAUGUGGAUAUAACUCUACUAAAUGCAGAAUUAAAAGAUUUUGAAGAAACCAAACCAAUACAGGAAAAACAUAAAGAAUAUCUUGAUAAAGACAGCAAUGAUGUUGGUGCUAAACUGAGGGAAUUGAAUGAGAAAAAUAGCAGUGAUCUUGAGAAGGCUGCCAAAUUCGAAAAUGAAAAUAAAAAACUAUAUGAAGAUAUAGAAAGGCUAGAAAAUAGUAUAGAAAGCAGUUUAGAGAUAAUCUCAUCUAAGUCAGAAACUUUAAGGUCAAUGAAAGAUUCAUUUAUAAAAUAUCACAAGCUACAGGAGGACCUUAUUGAUGCAAAAAGAAUGCAAGACUCAAAAGAAGCUGAAAAUAAAUAUAUGCAUAACGAGAUAUCGAGAGCCGAAGUCUCUAUUAAAGAAAAUGAAGAAGAAAUAACAAAGAUAAUCUCUGAUUCUGAUGUUCUAAGAAAUAAUUUAAAGAAUAAUAUGGAGAAAUUUAAAGAGAAGAAAGUUGCAGUUGAUGAACGAAUUGCUGAUUUAAAAGUUUCAUUAAAAAAAUCAGAAGACUUGAAGGAAGAACUUCAAGCAAAGCUAAUUCGAUCCGUUGAGAAGUUAAACAAUUUACCUACACCUAGAGUACGGGCAACGAAUAGUUCAUCUACAUCUGCUGGAAGAAAAUAUAAAAGUCGUAAGAAAUAG